AUGACACACCGAUUAACGCUAUGUAAGGAAUUAUUCGAAUUAUUGAUUGAUGAAUACCCUCAAGAUCAUUGUAUCUUAACAAUUGCACCUGACCAGCAAAAUAUCAAAUCCAACUUUUAUGUUGAUAAGACGUCCAAUCAUUCAGAAGUUAUCUGCUUUAAGGGAACAUACUUACGAAUUUUGAAGGAGGCACAUGAUUAUUUUAAUGAAUUUAUAAAUUUUGAUAUGAGAGAGCGUUCUAAAAUAAAUAGGAAAGGUAAUAAUAAUGCGGAAUACUCUUAUUGGAAUACUUAUUAUAUGACUAUUGGUAUGUUCUUAUGUACUCCUGAACAUAAAACGAUUUUCACUCUUCAUGAAGAGAUAUUCAUCAAGUUAUUACAACAAUAUGGAAGCGAUGAUGAUAAAGCGAAGAAGAUUGAUCUUUUAAAUAAAGAAUUGAAGCUGAUUCAAAGGUUUUUGAGCUCAGAAAAUAAUAGAUUAAAUAAAUCAUCCUCCAUGUGGCAUUAUUACAAGAAACUUUACGUCAUAAAUCAAUUGAUUUUAUCACCUGAGAAAAAUAAAGAUAAUGAUUAUAUCAUGACAUUUUUCCAUUCACUUAUGAAACAUCCAACAAACUAUUAUUCAUGGAACACAAUGAGAUGGUUUUUCGAUAAUAUUGAUUCAAUGAGAAUGGCUCUAUUUGAAAAGGUUAAGAGGUAUUGUUUCCAACAUUCAUCGAAUUGCUCCUCUUGGUCUGCAUUAGCAUAUUUCCUUAACCAUGUUGGUGGCCAUGAAAGAGAAAUCUCAUUAUAUCAUAGAUUGGAGUUUAAAAGACUUUGGAAACACUAUGAUAAGAUCUUCCGUGACAAUGAUAUUAUUAUAUCCCAGGAGGUAGAUAUUGAAGACGGUAUAUUUUCAUUAUCUGUUGAAGAUCAGAAGUACCAUCCGCAGCCAGUUAAAUUUAAUGUGGAUAUCAAGACAAAUUUCAACGAAAUUUUAGAGAUAAUAGAGUUAUUAAGGACUGAUCAGUGGCCACCGUUCCUUUGUCUUUUCGUCUUGUUGAAAAAAUUUGAAAUUAUUAAUAGACAAGAAUUGUUUGAUAAAUGGAGAGAUGAAAUUAGAGUCUUCCAAGAAGAAACUCAUCUUUACAUUCCAUAUCAAUAUAAUAAACCGUUUGUUCCCGAAGGUUUUACCGACGAUUUAUUGAUUGCAAGAGAUAUAAUGUUUUAUGGGUUCAAAAAAACAAUUAUAGAAGAAUUUGAUGACUAUUAA